AUUUUUAUAUUUGAAAUGCAGGUGACUUUAUUCCAUUUUGAAGACAAGCCUCGACAUGGUGCUUCAGAUGUCAUAAAAGCGUUGCAAGAUGAUGGAAAGCUCCGAGUCAUGAUGUUGACUGGUGACCAUGAGUCAAGUGCAUGGAGAGUGGCAAAUGCUGUGGGCAUCAAAGAAGUUCACUGCAGCCUAAAGCCUGAGGAUAAACUUUAUCACGUUACUAGUAUUUCCAGAGAUGCAGGGGGAGGCCUUAUAAUGGUAGGUGACGGUAUCAAUGAUGCACCUGCCCUGGCAGCUGCCACCGUGGGUGUUGUUCUAGUAGAACGUGCCAGUGCAACUGCUAUAGCUGUUGCAGAUGUGAUGUUGCUGCAGGACAAUAUUUCGGGGGUUCCAUUUUGCGUUGCUAAGUCUCGGCAAACGACUUCUUUGGUUAAGCAAAACGUAGCCCUUGCAUUAUCUAGCAUUGUUGUGGCAUCUCUUACAUCUGUUUUGGGGUUUCUCCCUCUCUGGUUAGCGGUUCUUUUGCACGAAGGCGGUACCCUUCUUGUUUGUCUGAACUCAAUCCGUGCUUUACAUACCCCAACAUGGUCCUGGAGGCACGAUAUUCAGACACUGAUUGCGAAAUUAAAAUCUCUAUUUGAACUCUUCAAAAAUCGUCGCACCAUCCAAACUGUAACUUUGUAAUUACACCAUUUGCGAUGUAUUGUUGGUUUCUGGUUCUUGUACUGGUGAAUGGAUUGGGUUGAGUUCUCUUCAAGUAUACCACAAAGCAUUAAGUUCCUUGUUAAAAAGUUUUGAGGUUGACAGGGUUAAUGUAGUUAUUCCACCUGUAAAUACCUCUAUGAAUUAGCUAUUUUUUAUGUUCGAAAAUGACAAUCCCAUCAAUAUCGAAGUGAAUAGAUGCAGCGAACCUCUUAUUAUCAUUAUCA